AGCGACAGCAGCGCCGCAAAGCGGACUUGUGUCGUUUGUUUGUGUUGUUGCGGUCGUGGUGCUCGGUGGAGUGCGUGCUUGGAUGUGGGGGGUCGACACAGGCACUGGCGGCGCGAGGAUGACGACAAGGAGGACGAGGAGGGAGAGGAUGGUGAUGGUGAGGGAAGCGGAAGCGCAGCAGGAGCGCCAAGAAACCCCAAGCAAGGAGAAGGAGGAGAAGGACGAAGGCGGUGGUGAUGGUGAUGGUGGUAGUGAUGGUGUGGCGGAGCGGGAGCGGGAGAACCCGGAGAAGAAGGCGCAUCGCAUGCAGCCCAAUCGCAUGCAGGUUCAAGAGGGUGAGCGGGUGCUGAAUCGACUAGGACGUGGGAAGACAUGGGCGAGGCGGAUAGGGUACAUUGACGUUCAGCUUGAACGGCCCAGCAGGAGCGCCUCCUGUCACCACAGCUGUGAUGAUGACGGCAUCAUUUCCGGGUUUGAGGGGCUGGCGCAUGCCAUCCAGCAGCAGCAGCAGCAGCAGCAGCAGCAGCAGCAGCAGCAGCAGCAGCAGCAGCAGCAGCAGCAGUUGAUCACGUGCACGCACAACUCAUCGACACAGCGAGCGCAUGCCUUGAUAGAAAGCCUGCGACUGCUGGCAGAUCCCAUGACCAACAUAUUUCAACAGCCUCUCGUUCGCUGCGUGCUCGGCACGUGUACGGAGCCGUCAAAGACAAUCGAGUACAUCCACGUGCAGCCUUCAGACACUGCCGACAAUUUGGACAUACGCAUCCACGUCUACUUUUGCCCCGCCAUCUUCCACAUUUAUGUGGACUCAGACCUACAAUAUGUUAUGGAGCACUUGACGUUGACUGGCAGCAAAAUCCCCACAGCUUCAGCGGAAGAAGUCACAAUCAGUCCUGCGCAAGCGACAUCAUCAUCAUCAUCAAUAGCAGCAGCAGCGAACACCCAACAGACAGGAACAAAGAAGGCGCGGCAAAAGGAGCUCACUGACUGGGCAGAGCUUAUGAUCAGGGUUCUCCCGACCGUUGCAGACGAUGACAGCUCAGGUUCGCCACAUGACGCGGCCACCACAUCUGCCGCACCAACACCAACAGGCAACAGCAGCUCUUCACACAGCGAAGCAAAUCCGACAACAGCGCAGGCAUCGACACAGCCUGGCCAAUCACGGAUGCUGGCGUGGAUGCAAGCCCGUGAGGACCGAGAGCAGCAGCCCACCCUCAACGCGUUCUUGUGGGAGAAGCACACCACUGCACCUUCGGACCCAGCGCACCCGGCCUCGUGUCUACAAUUCUCUUACUGUCCUCUGCUGGGCGGCGCGACGCGAGACAAGCUUGACUGCGCACGUGGCGGUGUUGUCAUGCACGACAUGGGGGUGACCACUGUUCUCGAUGCUGUUACCCUCAUUCACAACGCUGCCACCCUGGAUGCAUCCAGCCAAGCAGCCCGUCCCAGCUCAACGCUCAUCGUUGUGUCGGAGUCCUUCUUUCCGCGCUGGCGCAACGAGCUCGCUGCCGUCACCGCGCCACGCCGCCUGAACACGUACCACCUCCACCACAGCCCCCAGUCGCCGCUUGCAAUGGAUGCACUCCAGCACCUGACACCAAGCGACCUCUCAACCUACGACGUCGUGCUAGCUUCGUUCCGUGCCCUGGCCAUGCACCGCACUGGACUGCUGCCGCGGUGGCACCGCGUGAUCGUGGACACCACCGCCACCACUGCCGCAGUGCAUCAGCUCCUCAACGAUGUUGCCGACAUUGAGGCAGACGUGCGAUGGGUGUUUGUGGAGACGCACCAGCCCAUGCCGCUUCACACCUCUCUUGCCGUGCUGCGCUUCUUGCACGUGGAGCCAUGGUACUCGUGCAUGGAAUCCCCAGCCAUGUUCUGGAAGUCAACGGUGGCCAAGCUGUGGCACGAGCACAGCGAGGAUGUCAUUUACCUAGUUCGUGGGCUAUUUCAAAGUCUUGGGGUGCGUCGCUGCAGCCACGUUGAAGGCGGUGGUGAUGGACAUGAAGGCAAGCGCGCCGAGCACGCCAUGCAAACUGUUAUUAUUCCCGUGUCGUUCAGCGACGCGAGCGAACGUUACGUCUACAAGACCCUCGAGUUUGAAGCACAGAAGCUGCUCCCUGGCAAGGUGCUGCCCCUCAUGCGGACGUUUACGUCUGCGCUGCGCCAUGCGGCCAACGCCGUUGCCAGCGUCAACCUGCACCAUCUGCUGUUGUCGACGCGCCAGUCGGCAUCGCACGUGCGCCAUCGCGACCUCUGCCUCUACCUCGCGCAGCAUGUUGGCGGGACGUUCACGGAAUGGCGCGCACGGCUUGACCGCUGCGUGUACGACGUUGAGACUGCUCUGAGGCGCCAGGGACACUCAGCAGUAGAAACCAAAGCCAUUCUUGCAAAGGUCCCGUCGUUGCUGCUCGGAGAAACGGCAUCCGAGUGCUUGGCACGCGCCUCCGUCUUUCUUCCCCAGCGAUUGUUUGACCGCGCGCUGAAAGUCUUCGUUCACCUUAGCUCAUCGGACUGCCUCAACAAGGCGCGGGAAGAGCAGCAGCACGCACUGCAGGUCGUAGCACCACCACCACCACCACCAACAACAACAACAACAUCAGCAACAUCAGCAACAUCAGCAGCGGCAGAAGCAGCAACAACGGCAGCGAGCGCUCACGCCACCAACAACGGGAAUCGCAACGCGUGUUCGCUAUGUGCGGAGGAACUCACGUGUCCCGUGUGCUUGGAGGUGUGCCAGCAGCCCGUUCUCAUGCCGUGCCUCCACUUUCUGUGCCACAACUGCAUCGCCUUUCUCUUCUCCACCAAAACGCACGCGGACACCGCUGUCAAAUGCCCCGUCUGCAAGAACAUCUUCAAGGCAAACGACUGCACCCAAAUCCUAGCUGAAGCCUCAGACGAGGUCAACAUCAGAUGUCAUCAGCGCCCGAAACAAUCACGACUCAUCGCACCUGAAGCAACGCUGCACUCCGUCCUCACCGUGCUUCAGGAUGAGCUUGUCAACAACCAGUUUCCCGAUGAGCUGGGUGGCUUGACGGUGCUGUGGGACGGACGCCCUGCCAAUCUUCGCGUGUUUACACAGGACCCGCGCUUCUUCUGUCUGCUCCUCUCCACGGCGCACUUGCCACGACUCCCUGCGUUCGUCCCCGUGUGUGCUGUGAUUGAAGUGGAUUGGAUAUCCGACCAUCGCCACCGCAGUCGUGUCUCGGACCGCUUUGGCGCCAAACGCACACCACCCGUCACCCUCUACAGGUUGUACACGAAGGACACGAUUGAAGAACGUGAAGCCAAGGAGCAGCCGCCAUCACAGCAUCUCCGACGCGUGGACAAGGCAGAACGCAUGGCGCGUCUGUUGCACUGCCCGUCCGUCCUUGCACCACAGCCACCACUUGCACCACCGCCAACAACCGCUGUUUCGUCAGCCGGCGAGUGAUGCACGUCUUGCAACACAUGACGAGAUUGACACCCGAACAAUGGCGCCGCCACAUCGCUGAGGGCUUGGUGUUGGUUGAGAGGUUGCGGCUUUCUUUACAAGGGCGCCGUGGCAUGAUGUGGUACACACGCACACAUUUUUUAUUCUUUGACCUACAAACCAGAACACUCUCUUUGUUUCGAACACAAGAACAAGUAGACAGGUGCGUACGCACUCGCACGCACGCAAGCAAAACAGGUGCAUUGGUGAAUCAUGUGUAUGUUUCCCAUUUGUUGUGGGCGUUCCUCAGCUUUCCUCGUGUCUCCUCUUCUUGCUGCAAUUGAUCAAAACAUAAACGAAGCAUGAGUCAA